AACACCACAGUCACAAUCACUGUGACUUUUUGUCAAGGGCAAACAAAGUAUUUCAUUGAAAUCAAAAAUUUCAUAUAUUCAUUUGUUUCCCUAGCUAGCUAAUAAUCUGGUAAUAUGGUAUUACAUUACGUUAGCUACCAAUUUUUAGCCUGGUCAAUUAGGUUUCUGGGCAACUAAAACUUUAUACAGCAUACUGUACCUUUUAUUAAUGAAACUAGCAAAUUAGUUUUUGAUUUAUCAAUCACUACAAUACUUAAUUUUAUCUUAAUGUUUCUUAAUGUUAUCGAUCCUGCUAGAGACUAUAUCUACUAGUUUUGAUUGCAUAUCAUAUUACUUUUCCUAGCUUGGGUCCUUGUUUUUAAUUACACAAUAUAAUAUUUGCCUUUGUAUGUUACAUAGAUUAGUAUAAAAUACAUUAAGCAAUCAUUUCGGUGACUGGCAGGCAUCCCUGCAUUAACUAGCUAAUUGUAUGACAUCACUACAAUAGUUUACCUAAUGUUAUCAGGUUGGCUACAGGUUUUGAUUCCUUAUUUACAGAAUUAACCUAAUGUUAGCUAGCUUGCAAGCAAAUCGGGCUCCUAGUUUAUAAAUUAAAUAGUUUACCCCAUGUUAGCUAGCUUGCUACUUGUUUUAAUUACACAAUUAUGUAUGUAUUAUGUAUGUAUUUGUAUGUAAGUAAGCAGAACUUUUCUGUUUGACAGACAUUAAGAUGUUGUGUUUGUUUCUCAGUCCAAAGUCUCAAUUUCUCAGUCCAAAGAACAAACAAAUCUGAGUAGAAUCUUCUAGCUGUUGUCUCCGAAAGACCAUAAUUCUAACAUAAUGUGAACACACUACAAUUACACAAUAAUACUUUGACCCAUGUUAGCUAUGAUGCUAGUGAAUAUAACUAGAGACUUAACUUCAGCUAGCUACUGCUGCAAAGUUUGGGGUGUGUGUGCUUACACGAAUCAGUAUGACGUUCUCGUCAAGCCCAGGAUUUAAAACACAUUGCGUUGAGAAUAAUAAGGUGAUUACAUGGGAGAGGAGUGUGUCUGUGAAUAAAGGUGCACGACACAUUCCAGACCUGUGUGUCAUUUCCUUGUUGUGGUCAGUUUCGGCCCAGCACAGUUCAUAUUUCACACACACACACCCACACACAUGCACACACACACAUGCGUGCGUGCACACCCACACACAAACACACACUGCUGCUCAAAUCCCAGAAACAUCUGUCUGCUAAAGAGAGACUGGAAAACCUGUGCUGAGGAAACUGAGUGAAAACUAGAGAGAAAGAAAGACUGAGAAAGAGGAAAAAAAGGAAGGAUGAGGCCGCCAUUCACAGCUGGGCUGCGCUAUAUAGAACACGUGUGGCGGAGAAAUAGCAUUUCCUGAGGGAGGAGAGAGGAUGGAGAGAGCGGUGAGAGAGAAAGAGAGCAACGAGAAGGAGGAAGGGAGAGAGGAAAGUGUGUGAAGCUGGCCCUGGUAGUCAAAGAUGGAAGUGUGUUCUGUGUGGCGGAUUAGACGAAAGAGCUAAAGAGACGUUUUACCUUCAGUUAGCAACGGAAGCAGCUAUGCAGGAAUCAACCAGGGAUUGUGUGCGUGCAGUAAGCCACAGGCAUGGCAUUGGUCCAGUCCCUUCCAGUGACUACUGACCACCAACCAGGUCCGGAGAGCCGUAGACAACGUUCCUCUCCUGUUUCACCACCCUCUCUAGGGAGCAUGGGCUCUGUAAGCAGUAUGAUCCCCAGCCACACCGCAUACCAUGGCCGGAACAAACUAGAGGUCACGGCUCAGCUCCGUCGGGGCUCAGAGCGACUCCUCUCUGAUUCCUCUCAUGAAGGAAUUUUUGUAAGUCAAACACCGUCAAGCAAGAGGAAGGCCAUUGCAGCUCGAGGGAAAGGAAUUGGUGGGCGAUCAUAUUCACAUGAAGAUUUGAUCACUGACUGGAAUGAUAACUGGCUGGAUUCAGGCCAGAGUGGAGGGGAGAUGGGUGUGGAUGGGCCUCCUAAACUGGUACCUGUUUCUGGGCAGUUAGAGAGGAAUGUACAGCAAGCCAUCAUCCGACCAACAGCUUUCAAGCCUGUGGUGCCAAAGAGCAGAAAUGCUAUGCAGUAUCUCUCUCCACGGCUAGGGGGAGGCUUAUCAGGGAGCCAGGGCAAUAUCAGUGUACUCUCUCCAGAACAAGACACUGUCAGCCCAGUAACCACAGAACGACGCAGCUCCUACAGUGGAGCUCGAAAUGGCUUGUUUAGUCAGUCCUUCACUAUGACAGACUCGGGACGGAACUCAUUAACCAACCUGAAUGCAUACAAUGGCCCUGUUUAUAGUUUAAACCAAACAGAAGCUAGCAAGCCUGUGCUUAGCCAUGGACACUCCAAUUCGGACAGUGGACGUUCAUCUUCUAGCAAAAGCACAGGGUCUCUUGGGAGUCGCAGUCAACCAGGUAUAUCAGACAUGGGAUCAGGUGGACCCUCUCCUCCACCAAUAGAGGCUUAUGAGGCCAUUGUGAGAGACUUGGAAGAAAAAUUAAGGGAGAGAGAGCUGGAGCUGCAGCACCUGAGAGAAAACCUAGAUGAGAAUGAGGUGGCUAUUUGUCAGGUGUAUGAAGAGAAGCAGAAACGGAGUGAGCUAGAGAUGGAAGAACUGCGACAGAGCUGUGCCACUAAAAUGCAGAAGGCAUCGCAGAAGGCCCAACGGGCGCAGCAGCUCCUUCAAUUCCAGAUCUUCCAGCUUCAGCAGGAGAAAAAGAAGCUGCAUGAUGACUUGACGCAAGUCCUGAAGGAACGUGAGCGGCUUGAGGAACGCUGUGCCUCCUUUGAACGGGAACACACACAAUUAGGACCCAGACUGGAGGAGACUAAAUGGGAGGUGUGUCAGAAGACAGGAGAGAUCUCUUUGCUAAAACAGCAGCUGAAGGACUUGCAGGCAGACCUGUCUCAGCGAGUGGGAGAGGUGGUGACACUACGAGGGCAGCUGAGGGAGGCACGGGCUGAGCUUCAGAAUAGCCAGAGCCAACUGCAGGAGGCACACACACACACACGCACUCGUGCCCUUGAGCUGGAGGUGUGCGAGAACGAGCUGCAGCGGCGCAAAAGCGAGAACGAGCUGCUGCGAGAGAAAAUGAGCCGUUUGGAGGAGGAGUUAAUGCGGCUCCGCCAGGCUUUGAACGAAUAUGCUGAGGCUCCAGCCCUCAUGCAGGAAUCAAGCUACAGAGGAGGAGCAGGCGGUGGUACAAGUAUUGAGGAGCAAAGGCUGGCAAGUGAUAGUGAGGAGGUCAAAGGUCAGCGUGAGAGUUCCAGGCAGCAGGUUGAGAGGCUGAAAGGUGAGCUGGCUCGCCAGAGGCAGCUGGUCGAGGAUCAGGCGACGGCGUUUGAGAAUGAGCGCCACUGCUGGGAAGAAGAGAAGGACAAAGUGAUUCGUUAUCAGAAGCAGCUGCAGCAGAACUAUGUUCAGAUGUACCGGCGCAACCGUGAGCUCGAGGCGGCCCUACGCGAGCUUAGCCUUGAGUUGGAGAAACGAGAGCAGGAUGACGAGAGCAGCGGCAAUGAGGUCACCUUUGACGAUGUUGCUGCAACAGAGAUAUAACACUCUACAGGCCAAAUUCAACUCAAGUUGCUUAUUCACAGUUGCAUAUUUAAUUGAUGUCCUGUUGACCCAGGCCAUCCCUUUUAAUUUCAUAGCAAUAUCCAAAUACAGCUUUUUUGCUCACUGAUUGAAACACACCUACAUGGGAUUCACUUGAAUUCACUCGCACUAAAACGUGAAGCAGCAAUCUAUCAAUAAACUCAAAAGAAGAGUUGGAAGAAGAUCCGUGAUUGUGUUAUUUUUUUCUUACCUGUAUUCUGACAAAUCCCAUCUUCUGCACCAGGAUUGGCUAGUAGUCCUUGUGUCCAAGGAGUUCACUGACUGGACAGUUGAAAUGCCAGAUUGUAGAAAUUGCAGAUAUAGCCAAGAAAAGAGAUUUCUCAGAAUAUUGGUGGGGAAGAGGUAAUGCUUCUUCAUUGCUUCUCAAGGUCUGUUUUGCUUUCAUUUCUAUAGUGAAGUCAUUUCUAUAAAUGACUUCCUGACUGUCCAAUUAGUGGAAAAUUUGCAGUCCAACUAAAUUAGGUAAGCCCUUUAUCCUGGUCAGGGUCAUGGUGGAGCUGGAACCAAUCCCAGGAACACUGGGCACAAGGCAAGAAUACAUCCUGGAUGUGACACCAGUUCAUCACAUGGCAGACUGCACAAACACAUUUGGCAAAUUACUUUACAAGGUCACCCUUUGCUUAUUCUAAAAUAUUAGCAAUAGAAAUUAUUAGCAAUAUAAGCAAUAUUUAUGGACACAGAUUUCCCAAAGCCCUUCCCAUAUCUGUGGAUCCACCUGAAUUAGAUGACAAUGACUAAAAUCAUCUUUUGGUUACAUAUGUACAAACAUUUUAACCCUUUUAAUUCAACCUAAUCCCCUGUCAGAGUGACCUGUGAAUCAUCUCUUUAAUCUAUAAAUAUUAUUUUUUAUUAUUUUUAUUUCAUAUUAAUUAGAGUAGCAAACAUUAAACUAGGUUAUUUUGACCCAAAAGGAACAUAAAGGUUAAAAAACAACCUGCUCUUCCAGUGCUACACUAACAUUUCAUACUGAACAUAAGUUCACAUAUACAGGACCCUGAAGAGGUCAUUAAAAGUUUGUGUUUUAUAUAUUUAGGUCAUGAAUAGGUCACAUUUAUUGUGACUACAUAAUGUAGGCUAAGUCAGAUCAACUGUCUUGAGUUGCUCUCUAUACAGUACAUCGCAAAAAGUGUAAAGUUCAAGUUUAUAUGCCUCAUAUUUAUACAUUCUAUCUGCUUUCACAUCGAAUGCAUCAUGAGACUAGUUGUUGUAAUCGCCACAUCUGUUUGUCGCAUUUAAUGCAAUCAUGCUCAUAUACAGUAUGUAGGCUGUGAAACUAAAAGUUAUGCUGAUUAAAUACCUAAUCAUGGAAUGGUGUCUCAGGAGACAUCACUUCAGCAAUGCACAACUGCUUUGUCUGACCUUUGAAUGUUUUAUAGUUAAUUCAAGAGUCACUUAAGUGCACUUUGUGUGUGAAAAGGUUGUAGCGAAGAGGUUGUGUGGUGUGAGUGUUUAUCCCACCUCAUCAUACAUCGGCGGAGAAGAUCUCCACCUCAUGAAGUAGCAAAAAAAAAAGCUCAGUGCUCCCAGACCAAAAGACAUGUACCUAGAUGUGUGUUUGCACAUGUAUACAGUUAAGAAAAAGAGGUUCACAAGGGUACUUUGGAGAAUUGAGGAUUCUUUGAUACCUAAAUGGAUUCAGCUGGCUCUGUUGUGGAAGUAGUCUGUUGUAUGGUUCUACAUAGAACAUUUAAGCGUUUCGUCAGAGGGACAAGCUGAAAAACUACUUAACAGGGGUGGACAAAUCAGUAACCUGGGUGCCUAGGACAAGCAGAUUUCAUGUCCGGGCUAUUAGUUUUUUAAGUCGUAGUCACCUGGUAGACAAAUAGAAAAAGAAAAAAGCUUACUCUUGAUUGACUUUGACAAAAAAGAAGUUUUUAUUUGCUGGACAAAGCCAUCAUAUAACUCUCCUGCUAGCACAGCACGCAGUUACCUCAUAUUUUAGAUAUCUAGAGAAAAUAGACACUAAUCUGACUCCAAUAGUAUGAGAGGACAGAACAUUAUAUCUCAUAUAUGAAACACUGGCCAAUGACUUACUGACUUUUUGUUGAGGCCACAAGCUUCAUGUGCUACACGAUCAUCUACUUUAUUCAUUUCACUUAGUCAUUAUCAAUGAACUUAAUGCUAGCGACUACUUUUUAACCUAGUCAAUUAGGGAUCCAGGCAACAGUAACAUGGUACUGGGCAGCAUAUUAGAGAUUUUACUUACCUGUUGGGCUGGGUAAUGAAUUCAUGAUUCGUCCACCCCUGUUUUAGGAUUCUAGAUAGAAACUUUUUCUAAGAGUGUAGUGAAACAAAAGUCUCAGUCCACUACCAAAAAUUACCCUUACUGACUCUCCAGUGAAGGUUAUUUCUUCAGGUAGGACUUGACUCAAAUGUUCCUGGAUCAACAGCCCAUAGAUAAAAAUUCCCCCCAAAACACUGAUCAUGAAGUUGUUAUGAGGUGUUUAAUUAAAUAAAAAUUUAGCAAAAGUCUCAAUCUAUUUGAAAACGCUGAAGCUACACUCCACCAUUGAAAUGAGGACUUUGUAUCAUUAUCCACUAAUGCAUACUAGCACAGAUAAAUAUGGUAAAUAUUUUAAUAGUUUGAAUGAACAGUGUUACCUAUGACCUGAAAUGAAAAACUACCCAGUAGCUUUUGGCAUCUGGCUCAGGCGUGGCAGGAGUAAAAGGCAAAAACUGGUGACAUUUCAUGACAGUAAUUGGUUGAAAUGACUUCAUUCAGGAACAUGACUCACUAAAAGAAAGAAUCUCAGCCACAAUACAGUUCUAGCAUUUUAAAAUCUGGUUACUCUCAAACGUGAAAAAGGGAGAAAACUGUAUUGAAAGAUUCCUGUCCGACUAUGGCACAGGAGCAUCUCAGACAUUUUGGCAGCCAGUAUCUGAUUAUAAACUAAACUGAUUCGUCUUAUGUCCGUUUUACUACGGCACAUAAAUAGACAACAACUUGAUAAAAGCGUACAAUUCACUGUGGGAAGAAAUCACACUUAGCUAGCAAGGUUUUAGGUAGCCUAGGCAGGGUUAAAUUACAAAUAAAAACAGUACCAUGAUGAGAUAUAUUGGUGAGAUAUAUUUAUAUCACAAAGGUGAGGUGUCAAAGUAUGUUAUAGAAAAAAAAAUAAUAAUAAAAUAACAACAAUAAUAAAUUUGGCCAAAACCUGAUUUUUUGGCUUUUUGGCUGUUCAACCAUUGAAUUAUUUCUAGGCCAUCACACACAAAAAUGAGUGUAGGGUUUGGUUAUGAUUAAGGAAGAUAAAACUUAAUUAAUUGAUGGACAUUUAUGUGGACUUAUUUUAAUCAUAGAUGGAGUAGAUAUAAUGAAUUCAAAUAAAUAUGAAUUAGUACUUGUGUAUGUACUAAUGCCGACAUUCAUAGUUUGUUAGUGUUAACUAAUGCCAUAAAUAAUGUUAGUUAUGGAAACCUUAAUGUUAAUUAAACUAAAAGUUUUUGCUAGUGGACUUAGACUUUUGAACUCUAUCGUACAUGUAAUAUUUGGCAUCUAAACAUAAUGAAAUAUAUAAAGUGAAAUUAAAUGUGUAUUUUAUCACAAAUUCCCCCAAAGAGGCCAUUUUAUAUACUGUGAAACACAAGUGUGUUCUGCCAAAACUUAUUAUAUAAGUAUAUAUAAUAUAUAAGUAUAUAUAUAUAUUUACAAAAUUUCCUUGCCAUGGGAAUCUUUUAAUUACUAUAAAUAUCUCCUAAGGUAUGUAAAGUUAAGGUAUAAAAAGAAAAAAAAAACAAGCAUCCUAAACUCGAUACCUGUAAUAUACAUGUAUAUGGACACACUUUAGAUAUUUGGUAAUAUAUUGUUGUAUAAUAUAGAGUAGUCACUGUGAGUAGACCAAAGCAUUGUCAUGUAUUUGAUGUGGUUAUUUUGCCGUUAAUGUGGUGAAAGUGUCACAGAGUGUGAGUGCUAUAUAUAUAUAUAUAUAUAUAUAUAUAUAAUACUUUUUUAACUAUUACAGUAUUUGUAUGAAGCCAUGAUAUUGUAUUUUUUUCAUGCUGUAUAUUUCUGACAGUUUUUAAUAAAAAUAAAAUAUGUGGUAAAUAAAUGUUGCAUUAUGGAGUCAACUUACUGAUGAUAGGUUUCUUCACUUUUAAUGUUUCAACAUUAGGUUUCAAACAACAACAAAUUCAUGAUUAUUAUUUAAACCUUAUUAAGCCUUUCAUUAUUGUGGCUGAUUACUGGCACAGAUAUCUCAUUUCUAUAUGUAAUCUUGUCACUGCUUUGGUAAAAGAGCUCUGUGUGUACUGUUGCAUUUUGUGCCAAGGAUCAUUCCUGGAUUAAUCCUAAUAUACGCACACUUGCGUCAUGCACUUCAUUCCUGUAGCUGCAUGCUGCAGCUCGAUCCAGGGCCAGAUCCAACCUAGGUUUGCAUCAGUCAACAAAGCCAACAAAAAGAAAAGCCUUUCCUGUUUUUUCCUC